AUGGACGAACAAUUAAAAACAAUAUCAACUUCUCCUGAUUCAAUUUUUUCUCAAUUUUCAUCACCUGAUACAGUAGUUAAUGGUGGAAUUAUUCCUACAUUGUCUGCAUUGUCAGUACUUUCACCACUUCGAUCAUCAGUUACAUUAGCCAAUAUGAGCAAUCUUACAAAUACACAAGAGAAUCAAAAUUUUUUUCUUGAUGAAUUUAGUUCACAAAAAUCUUUUGCAAUGUCUCGAUGGUGAGUUAAAACGAUUUCUUA